AUGAAGAUAAACGAGAAAAAUUUGUACGCAUUUGCGUCCUCUGCUACUCCCGUGGAUCGCGAAGGAUGGCUCGAUUUACGAGGAGAAGUGGGCAAGAGUUACCAGCGAAGGUGGUUCACCCUUAAGGGAAAUCUUUUAUUCUAUUUCGACAAGAAAGGAGACAAAGAACCAGUUGGUGUUAUUAUUCUAGAAGGAUGUACUAUUGAGCUGACAGAAGAAGAGUCAUACAGUUUUAAGAUAGUGUUUCAUUGUGAAGGUGGACGUACAUAUUUCCUUUGCACAAAUUCACAGGCCUCUAUGGAGGCAUGGAUGAAGGCUCUUGCCUGUGCUAGCUACGACUAUAUGAAACUGAUGGUUGCUGAAUUACAGAGACAAUUAGAUGAAGCGCAGGCUGAAGAAGCUGCAGAAGCUACUGCUUUGGUCACCAUUACUCCUCCAGAUGAAGAAUUAGAGCCUAAAGUGCCCCCUCGUGGCCAAAGACACAACCCCUUCAAUAAAAUGGGAGAUGGGGAAAGUAAAACUGUUCCAGGCAGCAGACAUUAUAAAGAAAGUGUAAAAGCUGAGAUUGCCCGAAAGAAAGUUCCAUUCCGAGACAUACACACUGUGUUCGGACGACGCGUGUUAGCAGAUCGUAGCGAGUGGCGCGCGCGCAUCCGAAACAAGGAUGAGAGUACUCCGCCCCUCAUACAACUAUAA